AUGGCGAGCGACGACGAUUUCGACGUCGAGGUCCCCGAGCUGUCGGCCGACGAUCCGAUGAGGGCGUUCUUGCCCACCGCCUUUGGAAAGCAGACCCGAGAGGCCAACAUUGCCGCCCAAAUCGACCGCAGCAAGCGCGUUGUAGACAAAGCGCCAGCAGCCCAAACGGCCAUACAAGACGGAAGCAAUCGCAGAACCGAGCCUGGCGCCAACUCGGGCUCGAGCGACAGCGAUGAUUCUGGGUCAUCCGAUGGCGGUGAUGACGAGGACGAGUUCCCCGUAUCGCAUGAGCUGGUGUUGAAAACACAAACCCGGGCCGUGACCACUGUCGCCCUGGACCCCGCUGGAGGACGAUUGGCCACCGCCUCGCUCGACUGCAACAUCAAUCUUCACGACUUUGCGUCCAUGACGCCGACAACGCUGCGGGCGUUCAGAACGAUCGAUGCCUAUGAGUCGAAGCGCUCAGCAGCCUCUUCGGAGUCGCACCCCGUGCACCAUGUCGAGUUCAACCCGCUCUCUGGCAGUGCUUUCCUCUGCGUGUCGGCACAUCCGCAAGCCAAGAUCUUGUCGCGCGACGGAGACAUCUUGACCGAGUUCGUCAAGGGCGACAUGUAUCUCCGGGACAUGCACAAUACAAAAGGUCACAUUUCCGAGAUAACCACGGGCACAUGGCACCCGGCAGACAGGAAUCUCUGUGUCACCGCUGGUACAGACAGUACCUUGCGAAUCUGGGAUGUCAACAACAAGCGCUCGCAGAAGGAGGUUGUUGUCUUCAAGUCAAAGGCUGCUGGAUCGGCCGGUCGAACAAAGAUGACCGCCGUUGCGUGGGGUGCAGCCGCUUCGGGCGGAAGCAAUGUUCUGGUCGCUGCGGCCCUCGACGGGACAUUGGUCCUGUACAGCGGCAACGGUCCGUUUUCAAGGCCGGCAGGAGAAAUCCGCGAUGCGCACAAGUCCCAGACUUGGACUGGGGGCAUCGAUGUUUCUUCCGACGGUCGCAUGGUCGUUACCAGAGGCGGAGACGACUUGAUCAAGCUCUGGGACACACGCAAGUUCACCAAGCCGCUGGUGUCUGUCUCGCAUCUCUCGACUUCCGACCACUAUCCGACGAGCAACAUCCGCUAUGCGCCCAACUCAACCAGCAUCAUCACUGGAUCAACGACGGGCCACCUCCAUAUCCUCAACCCGGGCAAUCUCCGUGCUGAACACGUCACUCCGAUCACGCCAGGUUCCGCUCUGAUUGCUGUUGAUUGGCAUCCGAAAAUCAACCAGAUCAUCACAGGCUCGGCCAAUGCCGAGACACACGUCCUUUACAAUCCAACGAUGUCGAGUCGAGGAGCGGUCGAGGUUAUGUCCAAGGCACCAAAGAAGCGCCACAUCGACGACAAUCCAGAGUUUACCAUGGACCAGUCCGUUGGUAUCUCAGGAGACGCCAUUGUGACUCCUGGCAGCCUGGCGGGCUCGCGAAAGGCUGGCGUCACGAGCACAGGGCGCUCCAAGGAUCCCAUGCGGCCUCAUAUCCCACAGCAGACACCAUUCCAAAAGUCACAGCCGGACGAGAAGCAUGUUGCUGAGAAUAUCCCCCUAGCUCGAAUGUUGCACGAGGACCCACGCGAGGCGCUGCUCAAAUACGCAGACAAAGCUCAGAACGACCCCAUGUUCACCAAGGCCUGGAGCAAAACGCAACCGCAGACUCAGUACGCGGAGCUCAGUGACGAGGACGCAGAGCCAGACAAGAAGAAGGUGAAGCGGUGA